UCAACUUCUCUCUGAAGAUGGCGGACCCCACCAGCACAUCUUUCCGGGGUCUACGCGAACACUUGGUUGUCAUGGCUCAAGAAGUAGCUGAAGAAAGGCGACGCAAACGUGGUAGUAAUUCUUCUGCAGGUGCAAAUAAGAGAUCUUCAUGUACACCAGAUGGUUCCGUCCUUAAAAAUGAUGUCAAACAGCAGCUAGCCAAAGAACGCAGAGAAGAACAGAAACGUCAGCAAGAAGCCAACAAGGAAAAACAACUGCUUGAGAAAGAACAGAAGGCAAAGCUGCAGUAUGAAAAACAGUUAGAGGAAAAACAACGUAAGCUGAAGGAACAAAAGGAAAAGGAUGAGCAACGACGAGCUUCUGCAGUAAAAAAAAGAAAACAGAAACAGGCCGAAGACAAAGAAAAAUUCAAGGCUGUUGUGUCUCGUACAUUGGAGCGAUGCAAUCGUCUUGAACAACGACAGAAAAGGUGGUCGUGGGAGGGUGGUGUGAUGAAUGCUAACAAGUCUGGAAAACCAGAAAAUAAACGAAGUUCCUCUCUGAGUAGAAAAGACAACCGAUUACAACAUACAGGCGAUGUGCAACACGUAGAAAACCCACCUGGCAUGACCAAAUAUGUUUUCCGCUAUGUUACUGCACCAAUGUUUUCUAGUGAUGAGUCUUCUGCUAUGUUCUGUAAACCAUCAGCAAAAACGCCAGUUGCAGCAAAAUUAGAAAAACCAACUACAAAGAAACUAGACAUUUCUCUCAAGGGGCAUGUGGAAGGACUAGAAAUGUUGAAUAUAGAAGUCCCACCCAAAAAAACAAUUGAAGUACCUUGUCCAACAAAGUUGGAACAGUCAUCUGAGGCUGAUGCAGAAGGAAGACUCCAAAACAUGGAGGACAUCUCUAAAGUUAAAGAGAACAUUUUCCAGAAGGUCGAUAUCAACGUACCUAUUGAUGAGAAGAUAGCAAGACACCCUAAACCAAAUGUUGAGGAACUCCCCUCAGUGAGUGUGGAUACUUCUUCAAGGGUUGAGCCAUCCUCCAUAGUGAGUGUUGAUUCAUCCCCCUCAUUGAGUACAGGGUCAUCCUCCUUUUUGAGUGUAGAAAUAUCUCCUGUUGUCAGCAUAGAUGCCUCACUUGACACAAGCAUAGAUAACUCACCUGAACUAAGUAUGGACCCAGGGAAUACGAAAGUGGCCUCAGAAGUUAAAACAGAAGCACCUCUUCAGGCCAGGGGGGAGUCACGCCUUGAAGCAAGUGUGGAAGGACAACCUGAGGCAAAUGUUGAAGGAUCACCAAAGAGCCCAGAAAUGGACAAAAGAAACAUAAACCUUACCACCAAGAAACAAUCACCGUGCCACAUACCAUGUUACAGAUGGCCAUCAACUCCUGCCCUUGGGUAUCGCCCACCGUCUCCCUUAAAGGCUCUGCAGAAUCGAAAGAUACGACCUCCAUCUCCUAUACCAGUCUCAUCAAGAUUAUCAACAAAGACUUCUUUGUCAUAUAAAAUAACCCCUGUUCAGAAUAUCCUAUAUGUGCCAAAUUCAUUAGGUGUAAUAGCAACCAAAAAGGAAACCAUCCAAAAGUAUGCAAUCAAAAAAGAAUCUGGUAAUACAAGUAUGCCAAGUGGUGAAGCAGUCAAGAAAGCUUUUAUACCGGUACACCAUGCUACUUAUGAACAAAAAGGCAAAAAGGAAAAAGAAAGACUCCAGGAAGAGACAAAGCAAAGCAUUGCUAGGAAACCAGAAGUUAUGGCAAAGAAACUGGAUAAAGUCCCAGCGGAAAGAUUCUCACUGUGCCAAGAUAAGCAGCAAGACAAAAAUUCAACAAAGAUACUUUUUGAGUCCCUAGAAGUCCAGAAGGAGGAGCUACAGAAAGGGGACAGUGCCAUGAUGAAAUCUCAGGGCAGUGCUGACCAGAGAAAGAAGGAACAGGAAAGCAUUAUCCUCCAACAUUGGAAAGACAUAUUAGAAAGGAGAAAGGCUUCAGAAAUACCUUCUUCAUCCGAAGAUGAAGCUGAUGAUGAAGGUGAAACAGAAAGUGAAGACUCUUUUGUGAUGUUUCCAUCAGGAGGAAAAAUGUCAAUGAAACUCAAAAAGUUUCACAAAUAUGCCAAGAUAAAGCCUCAAAAGCUCGUGUUUCUGCAGUCAGAAACUGGUGAGGUUGAUACCAACCAAAAUGUAUAUUUUAAUGGGAACACGAAAGCUGUCAAACAAAAAGACCCCAAAUACUCUACAAUUCAAGGAAAAGGCUCAAAGUUAUCAGCUAAAAAACCACCUACCCGCCCAAUAAGAAGCAGAAAAAUAAAGGAAGGCGGCACUGCCAUCCGUCCUACUCAAAGUGCCAGCAGCAAUCCCAAUCACGAGUGGCUUUGUGACAAGGUUAUAGACCUUAGUCAGACACCUUUUCUAAAGACCACUCUAACAAAGAGCAACAAAGAACGUCCAGCGGAUUCUAAAAUAUCUCACCAAGGUCCUCAGGCACAUCUGGACCAUAGGAAAAGAGCCAACUCUGUUUCCGCCCCUUUGACCAAGGUUUUGUCCCACCUUCACAUAGCUGGAAGAGCCUCUAAUCUUGAACAUCCCUUUGCUUCCGUCUAUUCCAGACUGGCAUUUAGAAGAGAGGUAGAAGAGAGUGAUGUGUAAAUCCUGUGCGGCCUUGAAGAUUGAUCAUCUUCCACUCUGUAUUAAAACACCCAAGGCCAAGACUCAAAACUGUCUCCUUUUAGACUUGAACCUGACAAAAUAAAUAUGUGUCCAAAAAGAAAAAAGGAAAACAAACGAAAAAAAAAAAAAAAACCUGACAGUCACCUUGAGAAAAUGCUCUUAUCACUAGAGUUUUAAGUAAAAAAGGUUUCUGUUUUCC